GAAGCAGUGUGAGUGAGUAUUUUUCUGAGUUGUAGUUUUCCUAGUAAUUUUAGCUGUAAUUCCAGGUGUUGCUGUUCGAGAGAGCUUGUUGCGUUGAGGAAGGGGGAUGAAUAGAAGUAUUUGCCACCAUCUUCUCAACCAGUGCAAAACCAUAAGAGAGCUCCAAGGAAUCCAUGCCCAGGCCCUUGCCCAUGGCCUCCACCCCAGCCACCAAUCUGUUUCCUGUAAAAUCUUUCGGUCCUAUGCUGAAUUUGGCUGCGCCACCGAUGCGUGCAGGUUGUUCGAUGAAAUCCCCAACCCUGAUAUUGUUUCCUUCACGAGCCUCAUGUCCCUUCAUCUCCAGUUAGAUAACCACCAGAAAGCUUUAUCAGUGUUUUCACAUGCCAUUGCCUCUGGCCACAGACCUGACGGCUUUGCUGCUGUCGGUGCCCUCUCAGCCUCUGGUGGGUUAGGGGACCAACGUAUUGGUAGGGCGGUUCAUGGUCUGAUUUGUCAGUGUGGACUGGAUUCCGAAUUGGUCGUUUGUAAUGCUUUGAUUGACAUGUAUAGUAGAUGUGGGAAGUUUAAGCCUGCCCAAACCGUGUUUGAUAGAAUGCUUCGGAGAGACGAUAUCACUUGGGGUAGCAUGCUGUAUAGUUACAUCAAGUGUGCUGGUGUGGAUUCAGCUUUGCCGUUCUUUUAUCAGAUGCCUAUCAGGAGCACAGUUUCUUGGACAGCUUUGAUCACUGGUCAUGUUCAAGACAAGCAGCCUAUUCAAGGUCUUGAGCUAUUUGGUAGGAUGCUUUUGGAAGGCCACCGCCCUACUCAUAUUACAGUUGUAGGGGUGUUAUCAGCUUGUGCUGAUAUUGGUGCUUUGGAUCUUGGACGUGCCAUUCAUGGGUAUGGAAUAAAAUCUAAUGCAACUAUGAAUAUAAUUGUUAUAAAUGCUCUGAUUGAUAUGUAUGCAAAGAGUGGAAGCAUACAUAUGGCAUUUUCCGUAUUCGAAGAAGUCCAGAUGAAGGAUGCAUUCACAUGGACAACUAUGAUUUCAAGUUUCACUGUCCAGGGUGAUGGCAAGAAAGCUGUUGAGCUCUUUUGGGAUAUGCUAAGGUCUGGGACACCUCCAAAUAGUGUGACAUUUGUCUCAGUUUUGUCUGCAUGCAGCCAUGCUGGGUUAAUACAAGAAGGCAGGGAAUUAUUUCGUGAAAUGCGUGAAGUCUACCAUAUCGAUCCCCGGCUUGAGCACUAUGGAUGCAUGGUUGAUCUUUUAGGACGGGGUGGACUUCUAGAAGAAGCAGAAGCUCUAAUAGAUCAUAUGGAUGUGGAGCCUGAUAUUGUUAUCUGGAGGUCACUUCUUAGUGCAUGUCUAGCUCGAGGUAAUGAUAGGUUAGCUGAGAUCGCUGGAAAGGAAAUUAUAAGGAGAGAACCUGGGGAUGAUGGGGUUUAUGUACUUCUUUGGAACAUGUAUGCCUCGUCAAAUAGAUGGAAAGAAGCUCUAGAUAUGAGGAAGCAGAUGUUAAGCAAAAAAAUAUACAAAACACCAGGUUGCAGUUGGAUUGAAGUUGAUGGUGUUGUUCAUGAAUUCUUGGUAGAGGACAAGACACAUGAUUCUAGAAGGGAAAUUUAUGGCACCUUGGAAAACAUGGCUAGGCAUCUAAAGAUGGAUCCAGUACCAUUUCAAUUAGUGUUAACUGAUGGAGAACACAUGCCCUAGAAACAUUUAUUGUUCAUUUCUUUCCCUUUUGUUAAUGGCUAGGCACCAUGGCUUUGUUUUGAUUCGUUUGAUUAACCAAUUAGCUAUAGCCAGAUGUAAGAGUUUUUACAUAGUAUUUCAAUGAAAAUGCAGAAUUGUAGGUAGUUUUUCUAGAUGUCAUACUGUUUGUAAACCUGCAAAACUAUGCUAUAUUUAUAUUUUGUUUGUUCACUUGGCUGAAAGAAGAGUAAGACUGUAACUCUGUAAGUCGUCCCAGAUUCACUUAUGGACUUGAUUCUUUUCAUUUUACAGUUAUCUUGCUGACAGGAAAGCUACCUCUGAAUGUUUUAUUAGUCUUUGAAAAUCUUGUUUAUGUGUGUCAAAUUUCUAACUAUCU